AUGACAUAAUUGACUUUUAAUUUUUUAAAGGUAGCUUUAUUCCCUAUCUUGCUUAUCUAUGUUAAUUGUAUAGGGUGCCCGUUUUGGUAAUCUUACGCAUCAAGCCAUAGUCAGCCAGUUCAAAAAAUACUUCUUCUUAAAUCAAAUCCAUAAAAUGACUAAGAAGAUAUUGCCGCCAUGAUUGUUAGUCCUUUUGCAGUUGGAAUUUUUAAUUUAAAAACAAAUUAAUAGUAUGAUCUAGCUGUAAUAAGAGAACCUAUAGUAUUUUAUUAAGUAGAUAAAGAUGAUAGAUCAGCUUUAAAAAUUUCUCUCUUACACACUUUAGACUCUAAUGGCAGAGUAAUUGAUUGGAACCCUCUAAAUGGUUUGAAGUAAAACACAAUCUAGAUUCCAAAGAAUAUUACGAUAAGCUAAGAUUCUUGCUUAAACUCAUAAGAAAAGCUAGUUUUUUCAUGGAACACUACUCAUAUGUUCGCAAUUGAUUUUUCAUAAUAGUUGAGUCAAAAUUAAGGCAUUUUUGUAUAAGAAAUUAAUUUUUAGAGGAAAUUAAUUAAAUGUAUAAAUGAUAAACCUAAUAGGCGAUUUUUACUAAUUGAUUCUUAAGGAGGGAUAAGAUCAUUUGAUAUCUAAUAAUAAGUUUUGACUUUGUUGAUAUAACUUGAUUAAUUUAAUUAACUUUAAUCAAUAUUUCCCUCCUUGAAUCUAAUCGCAAUUUCUUAUUUACAAAAUAAUAAAUAAAAUUUUGUAGUUUCUUACAAAAAUUCAUAAUUACUAUUCUAGUAGUAAAUAAGUUCCAUUCCAGUCUAGAUUUUAAUAAACAAUCAGGAAGACCAAUUAAUACUAAUUGGAUAAAAAAAUUUGUUUUAAGUGUGGUAAAUAAAAUAAAAUAGUCUCAUUUAUUAGGCAGACUUUUAAUCUAUCAAAUGUGAUUUUAGAGAUUCUAUCUUCAACUAAGUAGAUAGUGUUAUAAACUUUAAAUUUGGAUCUGUUAGCAGGAAUAAUGAGGUCAUCGCAAUUUCGGAUAAGUAUGUAUUUGCCUUUAAUCUAGAUAAGUAAUAACCCAUCAUUUUCAAAAAUUAAAAUUUUGGAUUUAAUUUUACACAAGGAUAUAUGGUAGGUAGUAAAAUAGCUAUAAGUAAUGAUUAAAGUGUAACUAUACUAGAUACAGUGACGCAAAGAUUUAAUUAUGUUACUAAUUAUUAUUUUCCGACAUAAACAAAUUAUGAUGUUAUUGAAAAAAUAGAAGUAGAUGUAGACUUAAAUAGGAUAAUCUUUGUCAAUCAUAAUGGAAUGAUUUUCAUUUGGUCAUAUUUUGAUAGCACAUUUGAAAGAUUUAUACCUCUUUUAAAUAGUGAUUCAACUUUUUUUAUUGAUAAAUAGCUUAAUAAAUUAGUUGUAUUAGGCGUUUCAUUUGGAAUCGGUAUAUACUCAAGUUUUAGUGUAAUCCUAGAUUAUAUAAAUUUGACAGUAACAGAUAUUCUUAGGAUACCUUUUUAAAAUCCUAUAGUAUAAGAACUAGGUUAUGUUUAAGAUAAAAUAAAUGGGAGAUUAGUUUAACAGUCCUCUACUAAUUUAAGAUUUAUGCUUAUACCUAGAACCAAUUUUAGAGCUAUAAACAAUUCGAUAUCUAGUAAUCCAAAAAUCCAACAAAGUUAAUCAAUCAUUUAAUAUGUGAUAGAUGAAUCUAAAUCUCUUUUGAUUACGAUUAACAGCUAAUAUUAUUUAUAUGUUUUGAACAUAAAGGAUGGAACUUUACUUUAUUCUUAGGUGCUUGAAUUCAAUAAUAUUCUAAUGUUUAACAUAUAUCCUGAUCAAUAAAUAGUUACAAUAAGUAGCAUAAAUGGAAAAACCAUAAUAUUUAACUAUAUUAAAUAUACCCUUUAGGGUAUCUUAAAUUAUCAAAAAAAUUAGGCACAAUAUUUUGAUUCGUAAAACAAAAAUCUUAUUAUGAUGUCUGACGUUAACGUAUUAACUAAACCUCUUCAAAGCUUAGGUUUGAUAAAUCAGUUUUUUAUGGGAAUAAUUACUAACUACUACUUAGAGAAGUAAAGUAGCCUUUUAUUUAUUUUGUCUAAUUAAGUUUAAAUUUACAAUUUCAAAACAUAAGAGUAUCUCCCACCAUUUCCAAGCAUAGAUAUUCAAAAAGCGCAAUAUAUAUAUGCAAUUUCAUCAUAAGAUUUGAUUUUUAUUCAAUUUAGUUCAUAAGGUAAUUCAACAAUUUCUAUGUAUAAGCUAAGUACGUAUUCAUAUUUAAGAGACAUUGAUUUUUCUUAUACAAUAUGCUAAAAUCUAUAGUUUUUAAGUUAUGAUGAAAAUUUAAAUAGAUUAUUCGCUGGCUGUAUCCCAUGGAAUGUAAUUGUUUGGGAUAUUAAUUAAAAUUUUAAAAUAACAAAUAUUAUUGCCUUAAAUAACCCUUUGCAAAUAUAAUUUAACAUAAAGACUAAAGCUAUUCUGGUUUCUCAAUACACAUGGUUCAUAUCUCGUCUUGAUUACAACACACUUGCAAAGCAAGCUACUAUAAAUGGAAUAUUUUCAGAUUUUGAUUAUGAAAGAGGUCUUUAAUUCACUUGGGAUUAAAAUGGAGAUAUAAGACUUUAUGAUCCAAAUUCUAAAGGAUUUGCUUUUUAGCAUGCACAUUAAGGUUGGAUUAAUUCAGCAAUAAUAGACAGUACUAAUAUGAUUAUUACUACAAUUGGCUCAUCGCAAACUCUUAAGGGAUAACUUAAAAUAUAAUUUUUAGAUAAAGAUAACAGUAAAAUAUACGCAGGUGAUGCUAAUGGAAUUAUUUAUCAAUUAAGCUAUCCUGAUUUGACUCUAAAUAAUAUGAUUUAAGUAUAUUAAACUGAAUUGGACAUGUUAUUUAUAGACUUUAAUCUAAAUAUUCUAAUUUAUGGUUCAUCUGUAGGAAAAGUAUUUGGUUACUACAAUUUGAUAGAAUUUAUAGCACCUUAUGCUUAUUAAAAUUCUCAAACCAAAUUAGGAGUUUUAUCUGUUUUGAAAACUGAAAAAGGACUUUUAUUUCAUUAAAGUUAAACAGGUGUUUAGUUAUGGAAUGAAUCUAGUUCGUAGUUAUAGUUUGGAUUUUAUGUUUACUCAGACAGCAAUUAAUUUUAUUCCUAUACUAAAUUUUUAAUUUUACAAGGUUAAAAAAAGAGGGCUUGUUUGAUUAUACCAUAGUAAAUAAUAUUUUUUGAUCUUGAUACUUUAGAUGUCUUAAACAUCAACUUAUAAUAUUGUGCGAAAAGUAUUUAGCUUCCUUCAUUUCUAAUCUGCUCGCUUAAAAACUAAUUAACUAUAAUAAAACUUGAUGAUUAUACUACAUUACAGACAAUUGUUUAAUAAGAUAUCUAAUUUACUAUCAAUAUCUAGAAUAUAGAUAAUAAAAAUUCUUUUUUUGUUACAACAACUCAAGGAGAGGUUAUUUGCUAUAACUUUGAUCAAGCAACAAAUUAAUUUUAAUAAUAAUUCUAUUCAAAAUUGCUUGACAAAGGCAUUUCUAAUUACUUAUUUAUAAUAAAAGAUAAUUAUUAUUAUAUUUUAAUUACGUCCUUCACAGGAUAAUUUGGCUUUCUUUAAAUUUCCUAAUAACUAAUUAUUCAGACUUAAAAAUUGAUCAAUUUUUAAGGUACAUCUUCUCAUGCUCAUAAGAUUGUGCAUUAUAAUGAUAUGGUUUAUAUAAAGAGAGUUGGUGAUUUAUAUUUGAGUAUCUAUGGAUUAUAAUAAUUUAAUUUGAUAAAUAAAAUAUCUAGCCCUUGUAUGGGCUACGCAUAUAAAUUUGACAUGAGUACAGAUUUAGAUAUUAUUUUAUAACAUUGUGUUGGUAUAUAUUAAGUAAAUGCGCUUUCGAGUAACUAAUAUUUAGCUUCAGGAAGGUUCACUAAUCAAGUAAAACUGUCAGAUGUAUAUACGCCAAUUUAAAAUUAAAUAAUACUUAUAAACAAAAACUAUUUUAUAGACGUUUACAAUCUUCAAAUAUUGAUUUACUAAAUAGAUUAUGCUAAGGCUAAAGUUAUUAUGUUGGGAAAUUUUUAUUAUCCAGAAAAGUCAAUAGGUUAAAUAGCUGAUUAUUUAAUAUUUUAAGAUUAAAAGAAUACCUACGUCCAACUCAUACUCUAUUCUUUUACUAAUGUAGGAAAAAUCCAACUACCAAUUAGUGGAGAAAGUAUCUGUUAAGAAAAAAUUGCAUACGAACAGUUUACAGAAACCUUGUUUUAAAUUUAAAUGAUUUUUCAGCGAAUUUAAAGCUAUUAUAUAAUUUAAAAGCUAAUAUUCUAAUUAACUAUUGUUUAAGAGAUGGUUUUAUAGCCGCUACCUUAAUCCACAUUUUCAUUAAACACUGAAAUAGAUAUUAUAUUUUAAAUACCAGGUAGAUAAAGUUUUGAAGUUUAGAAAGCAUAUAUUUCUGAAAAUCUAUUUCAAUCCUUUAAUGGAUACUUUUAAAUCAGCUUGAUAAACCUCUUCCUUGAGCCAGUGAUUAGAUCAAAUAAUAUUCUCAUAUACUCAAUUUAGAAUAUUACCUAAUUCUAGCUGGUUAAUAUCUAGCUUUCAUCUUAAGUAUUCUCAACGUUUUAAAUAUAGCAAGUUUAGUCCGUUUUAUUUGAUAGACUACACUUAUAAGGCAUAAAUAUAAUAAGCAAUAAGCCAUUUAUUUUAUUUAGUUUUACUUAAGUUAAAAAUAUCAACUUCUAAUAAACACUUAUAACAUAAUCAUUUUUUACCAAAGUAAUUUUAUUUUAUUUUGAAGGUGAUAUAGAUGAUACUAAUCCCUCAAAAAUAUUAAUUACUAAUUUUGUAGUUGACAAUUCAUCAUUUAUAUAUGAUCAAGAUGAUCAAAAUUCAGCUCCAAUUGUAAUUAAAAAAUUCAAUGAAGUAAAUUUAAGUUAAUUUACUGCCAAUCAAAAUAAAGGUUCAGCUAUCCCUCUUUUAAAAGGCUUUAUAAUAGCAAAAUAUACCUUACAAGAUAUAUUCUUUAUGAAAAAUGAAAAUACUAUGCUUUUUCAAUAUUAAAAUAGCAUAUAAACUUUCCAAAAUGAUUUAGAAAUAGUUCAAAAAAAAAUAACAGAUGAGGUAGAUAUAAAAAAUUUAUAAAUCUCAAAUAAUAGAAUUAAUUAACCAUCUUUGUUCCCUCUUUUUUCUAUUACAGCCUCUUAAUUGCAGAUUAACGAAAUUUUUGCUGAACUAAAUUUUGCUACUUCUUCUAAUCCUAAUUCACUAUUUAAUUUCUAGCCAAAUAAUGUAAUAAUGACAAAUGUUACUUUAAAAGAGAAUUAAGGUAAUUAAAAUCUUUUUACGAUAUAAAAUACAUCUCAAGGAAGUAUUAAAAAUUUGACUUUACUGAGUAACGUAGUCAAUUCUGUUUUAUCAAUAAGCCAAUCUUAAAUUACAAUUUCAAAUGGAUAAUUACAAUAAAACUAAUCAAAAUAAACUAAAUUGUAAACUUCUGUUUUUAAUAUUUUACAAAAUUCUAACAUUUUUAUGAGUAAUUUCAAAUUUGAAUAAAAUAAAUCAAAUAAUGGAGGAUCAAUAUUAGUAUCCUAGAGCUAAUUAUUUAUAAGCGAAUGUUCUUUUUCAGGAGAUAAUAGUUAUGCUAGUGGAGGUUCAAUCUUUUCAUAAAACUCAUAAUUGACUAUUUACUAAAGCACAUUUGAAUAAUGUUCUUCUUAGGUUGGAGGAUGCCUGUAUGUAUAAGAAGGAUAACUAAACAUAACUUAAUGCAAUUCUCAAAAUACAAUUGCAAAUUAAUCAGGUGGAUUUUUAUAUAUUGGCUCGGUUGAUCAAUUUAUUUUAGAAAAUAUAAACGUCUUUAACAGUGUAUCAUAAGGCGAUGGUGGAUCUCUGUAUAUUUCACAGUCUAUUGGAGCAAAUUCUAUUAUUAAAAAUAAUACUUUUUUUAACAGCAAAGCAAAAGGGAGUGGAGGUGCUAUAUUUUUAGAUAAUUCUAAUUUCUAGAUAGUUUAAUCCAAAUUUGUGAGUAAUAGUGCUGGUAUAGGAGGUGCAAUAAGAUACACAAAUUUAAAGCCUUCUUUUAUGAUGAAAUCAAAUAAAGAGGAUAAAGACUCUUGCAAUACAUACUAAAAUAAUAGUUGCUAAGAGAACUCGGCUAUCAUAUUUGGUAAUUCAAUAGCUAGUUAUCCUACAACAGCUUUAAUACUACCAAGUGAACGUUUCAAUGUUCAUUCUGAUUUCCCUUAUUUUAGAUUUAGUAACUUUUAAAGCGGAUUAACUAACUUUGAUCUAACAAUUGUUUUUUUUGAUGAGUUUUCUGCUCCUAUCAAUUAAAUUGAUAUGUAAAAUUAAUCUAUAACUAGUUAAUUGAGUUCAGAUUUAUUAAAGGAAAUCAGUUAAUAUAGCUGUAGAGCUUAUUUAGAAUAGUAAAAUGCAAUCUUAUAAAAUCAGACUAUUAAACUAGAUGGUGCAACUCUAGCAGAAUACUAAUAUAAUAGCAAUAAAUAAGUAGGUUGUUUUUUACAUAACUUUAAAAUCACUGGAGUUCCAUCUUCAAAAUCAUCUAUGAGACUUUAACUUAAUGGAAUGAAGGCAGUGAAUAAAAAAAAUUAAUUUGAAGAUGUUGAUAAUAUUUAAGUUGAUAUUUAAUUUAGAAGUUGCAAAACUGGAGAAAAUUAUAACGAAAUUUGUUAAAACUGUUUAAUGAAAGAGUGUGUUGAAUGUUAAAAUGGAACAUAUUCAUUAAUUUAUCCUACUGAAAACAAAAAAAACGAAUGUAAGAGCUGUGAUAUGUCAUAAGCCUAUUCUUGCUUUGGAGAUUAAAUUUUGUUAAGAGAAAAUUAUUGGAGAAAAAGCAAUGAUUCAGAUAUAAUAUAUAAGUGUGAUAUAAUAGAUAAUUCUUGUAAUGGUAAUGCAUAAAAAGGCUACUGUGCAGAAGGAUAUGUAGGGCCUUUGUGUUCAUUUUGUGACAUUUCUGGAAAAGUAUGGGGAGAAUCAUACUAAUUUGAUAAUACUGUGAUAAAUAAUGGAAUUUAAUGUACUAAAUGCUCUUUAAGUUCAUCUUUUUUAUUUAAAGAAGUUGUAAUAUUUUUAGUAAUAAUACUAUAUUUGAUUUUCUUAGUAAUUUAAUCCCAAGAUAGCAACUGUAAGGUAUGUGCUAUGAGAAUAUUAUAAUCUCUUGAUUUAUUAUAUCUCGGUGUUUCAUCAUUUUUGUCUGAUAAUGAGGUUAUAUCUAAAAUAAUUAUUAACUAAUUUCAAAUACUUUCUACAUUAAAGUAUAGUUUAGGUUUGAACAUUUCAUAAGCUUUCUCAAGUUUUUUAACUAUUCCUUAGGCUGCAUCUUAACCUAUCAAUUAGUUCACUUAUUCAUUUGACUGCUUUUUUACAAAACUAAAUUUAAAGAUACCUAUCUAAUAUUUUAGAUUUAUGUUUCUCUCUAUCAUAUUCCCCAUAACAUUAAUCAUUUUCUUUUUUAUCUUUGUAUAUAUCAUUCUAUCUACAAUAUAAGGAUUUUCUCCAUAGUAAUAUUUCUUUUAUAAGACUAAGUAUAUCAGAUUGAAUGUACUAAUAAGCAUGUUUACAGUCUUUUCUUAUAUUGCUUCAUAAAAUAUUUAUUAAACUGCUCUUCAAAGUAUUUUCUGUGAAGAAUUCGGCGGAACUUAUUAUAUGAAGAGCUAAAUGGAUUAAAUUUGCUAUACCGAAGAGCACUACUUUUAUAUUUUAAUCCUUAUAGGUCCUGUUCUAUUCAUAGUAACUAUAAUAUAUCCAUCUACAAUGUUUUUAAUCCUUUAUCGAAACAGAUUUAAAUUGUUUGACCAAAAAUUAAAGUAGAUUAAUAUAAUCAGAAGGUAUGGAUAUUUAUUUAAAGGAUAUAAAAAAAAUACAUGGUGGUGGGAAAUAUUGAAAACCUGGUAUAAAUUUAUAGUUAUCUUAUUGGCUACAUAUUACAGUUCCUCUAUUUUAAUAUAGAUAUAAUUUAUCAUAUUCCUGCAAUUAAUAUAUCUCUAUUUGCUUAUGAAAUAUUAACCCUACCAACAUUCAAAGAUGAAUAAAUUAGAAAAAAAAUCUGUGAUAUACACACUGCUGAUAUUUUAAAUUUCGAUUAUUUACUAUUAUAAUUAAGACACUAUAGUAGCUAAAUUUGCAUAAAUAGGAUUUGUUUUCAUAUUUACCAUUUUGUUUGGUAAUAUAUUUAUAAUAAAAAGUUUACUAUUAAUUUAUUUAUUUAUUUUUUUUGAAAUAGGGAGACUAUUUUUUAGUAUUUUAGAAGUUCAAUUAAGAUUAAAUUUCUAUUUAUUCGAAAAAACAAAAAGAGUAAGAUAAUUCUUAAGAAGAUUACUUUUACCAAAGUCAGAAAAUGGAUUUAAAUUUUUUUUAAAAAAUUAUUUAUUCUAAAAUAAUUGGGGCUUGUAUAAUAUAAUAUACAAAAAAGAUUAUAAUCCUUAUAGAGUUUUUAGCAAGUAUUUAUUUCACUUUACUUACAAAUUAAUUUUUAAUUUAAUAAUUUUUAAAUAAAUAAACAUAUAAUUAAUUAAUUAAUUUUUAUAUUUUUAAAUUUAUUUUUAAUUCAUUAGCUGGAAAAAAGUUAGAACUGCUUUUUAAUUGAGAAAAAUUGAAUAAAUUCCAAAGUAGAAGCUUAGUAAUGAAAGCUCGAAUAGCCAGAAGAUGAUAAUUUCUAUAAGUAAUUAUGUUGACCCUUUUUAAGGUUUAAAGUAUGGUUAAUGUAAACCACAGUUUAUUUAAGAACAACUUUAAAGUAUUUAACAAUAAUAGAUUAAUUAAAAAAGUUCUCAACAAGCAUUUCAGCAUUCAAAUAUUUUUUUACCAAAAUAAAAAAAUAAUGUUCCAAGUUAUGUUUCAAAUUUUCCUUCAGCUGAUAUAGCUAAUUUGAUACCUUAAAUUGAAUUAUCUAAAUAAAUACCUAAAGUUGAAUUACCUAAUUAAAUUCCUAAAAUUGAACUAUCUAAUUAAAUACCUCAGGUUAUUUAAAAUAAUAACAAAGAAAUUACAGGAAAGAAAAAAAAGCACUUUUACAAAUUAAAAUGA